AUGUCCAACAGCAGCUCCAUCUCCCAGUUCCUCCUCCUGGCAUUUGCAGACACGCGGGAGCUGCAGCUCUUGCACUUCUGGCUCUCCCUGGGCAUCUACCUGGCUGCCCUCAUGGCCAAUGGCCUCAUCAUCAUCACAGUAGUGUGCGACCACCACCUGCAAACCCCCAUGUACUUCUUCCUACUCAACCUCUCUCUCAUCGACCUGGGCUCCAUCUCCACCACUCUCCCCAAAGCCAUGGCCAACUCCCUCUGGGACACCAGGGACAUCUCCUACCCAGGAUGUGCUGCACAGCUCUUC